CGACAAAAAAAGGAAUGGCUAGAAUCUUGAACAUAAUUUAACCCUUGAACCUUUCUGUGCCUACAACAGCAGCUGCAAAAGCUAAGCUUUGAUUACUAAAAUACUAACUACAACAGCAGGUUGCAGAAUCAUGGGAGGAGGAACCAUGCAAUUCGACCUUCCAAAGUUUCAGUUCAAUUCUCCUUCCUCUGCUCCCCCUUCUGUUUCUUCUCCCUCUCCAAAUAAUCUCAACCUUUCAGUCCCAUCCAAUUCUUCUUCUCCUUCUUCACGUCAAAAUGAAAUUUGUAAAAAACUAGAGGCUGUAGCUGGAAAGGAAAAGAAAACAGGAACUGGGUCCUUCAAUAAUUUUAUUUUGGGACCAGUUCCAUCCCAACCAGAAGUUGAAAAUGCCUUAGCUGCUCUCCAGAAUUUCAUACACGGGGUUUCUUCAUCUAGACCAGAAUUCAAAUGGAUGAAGCCUCUUUUGGAUGGCUGUGACUCUAGAGAGUUGCUAUCUCAAGGUCUCGGCAGAGUUUACGAUGGGUUCAUCUUGCUCAUGACUGAGCCAUCUAUAAAGAGGCUGGUCGUUUCGCUAUCAUCUGAUAAAGCUGUUUGGAAUGCUAUUAUGAACAACGAGUUGGUUCGGAAGCUCUGUGACUCGCCUGAGUCUCCACAUCCUGCAGUUGAAAAUAGGUCUGGGAAUUCUAGCUCUGAAACAGACAUCGGCAAUGACAUUUUGCAGUGGAUUUUGGACGUUGCAAAAGCUAAAGUUACAGAGCUUGUAUUUCGAUUCCAAUCUCUUUUGAACGAGGUUUUUCAAACUGAUAAGAGAGAGAAGACUAAUGAAAAAAGAAGAGAUCAGUUUGAGGAAGAAAUUAGAUCAUCGUUGAUUCUCUCAGUGGCGAUAUUGCUGAUCGUGAUUGUAGCUCGGUUUCAAAGAUUCUAAUCAACACAACUUAAAACCUCUGCAUUGAAUCUGCAUACUGUAAAUGUAUAACAAUAGGAAAGUAUAUGCAAGUAAAUGCGCUACUGAUAUUUGCCUUGAACCUGAAGAAGAUGAUGCAAUAAUGUGUACGUUCUUGUUGAUAAUGGGAAGACUCUCUCUAAUGGCCCUGUUCCAUUUGUCCCAUAAUGCUCUUUCGACAUUGCUUGCGGAAGUUGGGCAGAGAAAAAGACAUGAACACUCAAUGAAAGAUGAUGCUCGAUUGAAGUCUAAUAUACGAUUGUGUAUAUAGCUGAAAGUUAGGCAUAUCCAAAUGCAUGACGAUGA